ACACAUGGAAUAAUACCUGCUGUUAGCCUGGGGUUUAGCUAGCGUCCAUACAAAACAAAUCAUAAACAGUGCAUGUUAUCUCCUGCAUGUUGUCUGAGAGGCCAAAACCUAAAGAAGCUGCACUGUUCGGAAGAGCUGCAUGUAGAAUGAGCUCGCUGUUUGUUUAACUUUAUCCGCGUUUAAAACCCGCUGCUGUUUCCUGUAGUGUGACAGUAUUUUCAGAUCAGCUGAAAUGUCAGGAAUUAAACGCAAACUGGAGGAUAAAGAUCCAGACUAUGAGGACAUCACCCAAGUGCAGCAGAGCAAGAGGAGCAAAGUACUUGAACAGAAUGCACGUGAUGCCGCAAUACAGAAGAUUGAAGCGAUCAUCAGAGACCAGUUUGGCCUGGAGAUGAAGAACAAGGAACAUGAGAUUGAGGUCAUCAGCCAGCGUUUAAAUGAGGCAAGGAGGAUGAUGGACAAGCUGAGAGCCUGCAUUGUGGCUAGUUACUACACCAACGCUGGCUUGUCGAAAGUUUCUGAGUCCUCAGUGAGUGAUUUCAAUCAUCCAGCUAUUAAACGCUUCCUGGAGUCCCCGUCUCGCUCCUCGUCUCCUUUGAACCAGGGAUCUGAAGCACAUUCUGUAGGCCACUCUGAGACGGAGUCCUUGAGCCAGCCAACAGAGCCAGGAGAGAGAGACAUUCAGGGGUGGAAAGAUGAAGAGUUCAGGCAGCUGGAGCGCAGACCGGGACGCAAUACAGGCAAGGACACAUUCGGUGUGCCGUCAUCUGUAGACCAGCACAUCACAUUCCACACUACAGGAGAGGAGGCAUCACGGCUCUAUGUGAAGAAAACCAUUGUUGUGGGCAACGUUUCAAAGUACAUAGCUCCUGAUAAAAGAGAAGAGAAUGACCAGUCCACUCACAAGUGGAUGGUGUAUGUUCGAGGUUCUCGGAAGGAGCCCAGCAUUGACCACUUUGUAAAGAAGGUGUGGUUUUUCCUGCACCCCAGCUAUAAACCCAAUGACCUGGUGGAGGUCAGUGAACCCCCAUUUCACUUAACACGCCGUGGCUGGGGUGAGUUUCCAGUGCGUGUGCAGAUCCACUUUAAAGACCAGCGGAAUAAACGUAUGGAUAUCAUCCAUAAUCUGAAGCUGGACAGAACAUACACUGGGUUGCAGACUCUUGGAGCAGAGACGGUGGUGGAUGUUGAGCUACACAGAAACUCCCUGGGCGAGGACUUCAUCCCCUACCCUUCUUCCUUCUCUUCAUCAUCAUCUUCGUCCUCUCACAUGGCAAGUUCAGCUGCUUCUGGUGCAUUGCCUGGAAAAUCCGCAAGUCAGAAUUCCUGUCGUGCUGUGUCUCCCUCUCAGCUGUCUCCUGACUCAAGCUCAGAGAAAGGUGAGAUCAGAGCGAGCGAGACGGUGCGAUCAUCAUGUUCUGAGCGAACUGGGUCACAAGCCAAAGGUGUGGAGAAAAUCAGCCAGGGCUCUCAUAUCAGCUCAGCAUUUCAGCCAAUCACAGCCAGCUGCAAGAUUAUGCCCCAGGGACAGACACCCAGUCCUGUCGAGUCACCUGGCAAAUCCUUUCAGCCAAUCACCAUGAGCUGCAAGAUUGUAUCUGGCUCCCCAAUUUCCACCCCUAGUCACUCUCCCUUAUCUAGAACUCCCACCUCCACCCCUGUACACAUGAAGGCCAGCUCAUCUGUCAACAACCCUUACCUCAUUGCUGACAAACCAGGUCAGGUGAUCAGCAUGACCACACCCACUACAGGAAGUCCGUCGACAAAACACAGUGUCGCUGCACAAGGCGCUCGCUCACCUGCUCCCAAAGUCCACUCAAGCAGCUUCCUCUCAUCUGGAGUCAAGGUGAUCAUUAAGCAGGAGCCAGGAGAGGUGACGACUACGUCUGCACAACAGCAGGCUGGAACCACAGCACCGGCUCAGCAGCAGCAGUAUGUGACUGUGAAAGGAGGUCACAUGAUCGCUGUGUCACCACAAAAAAGCGGGGUGGGUUCAGGAGGUGGAGCCACGCCUACCAAGAUGGUGGGGAUUCCAGUUGGCUCUGCGCUACAGUCUGCAGUUAAGCAGGUGGCCAUCAGCAGUGGUCAAAUCCUGGUUGCUAAAUCCAGUCCUGCUGUCUCCAAAGUAAUGGGACAGAAGCAGGUGGUGGCUCAGGGCGUGGCUAAGGCAAUUGUCAGCGGAAGCGGAACAGGUACUGGCAGUGGAGUGUCCGUACAGCAGGUGCACUCGGCUUCCAAAUCAGCAGGAGGAUCAGGAGGUGGUGGCAAGAGUGGAGUAAUGGCAACGCUGCAGUUGCCGGUCAACAACUUGGCAAAUUUGGCCAACCUGCCUCCGGGCACCAAGCUGUACCUGACGACAAACAGCAAGAACCCAUCAGGCAAGGGCAAACUCCUGCUCAUCCCACAGGGAGCCAUCCUGAGAGCUUCAAAUAGUGCAGGGCACCAGUCUCAGAGUUCUUCCGGUUCUGCUCAGUCAUCUGGGAGCAGCUCAGGAUCCAGCAGCCUGCCCACCAGUCUGUCCUGUACCUCUUACAUACUGAAACAGACCCCACAGGGCACGUUUCUGGUUGGUCAGCCAGGGGGUUCUGGGAAACAGGGCACAGCCAGUUCCGCGAGCCAUGCCGCAUCUAGUCCCACCUCGGUUACCCAGCAGGCCAUUCGGGUCACAGCAGGACAGAAGGCAGCCAUCUUGGCUCAGGUGGGUGGCGGCUCCCAGGGCUCUCAGGUAAAGCUGCCUGAUGGAUCGGUGAAGACGAUGACAGCUGCACACCUGUCCAAACCAGGCAGUACCACUUUGAGGAUGACUGGAGGGAUCAUCACAGCCACUACUUCAAGUUCACCUGCAGCGACCACAAGUUCUCAGCAGUCAGCAGAGGGAGCCGGAGUGUCCCCUGCGUCCUCAGGUACUAAAGCAGCUGCACAGCACUCUGUACUGAUGGCAGCCAAUCAAGCUGCAGUAAUCAGUGCCGCUAAAAGUGCUAGCGCUGCAGCCAACGUAGCAAAAAACACCGGCUCUGUUGUAACAAUGUCUAAAAGCAUCAACAUGCCACUCAUCAGCCUGUCAAAGGGGGCAGGGACAGCGGUAGUGAGCGUCCCCAAGAGUGCCAGUCCAUCACUGGUCAAUGCUGCAUCUCUAGUGGGAGGAGCUACAGUUAGUGGGAAGACAGCAGCUGCGAUUUCAGGCAUGUUGAAGCUACAGUCAGGCUCACAGCAGACAGUACUGACGAUUCCAGCUAACCAACUUAAGCAGCUCAGCAUUGGUGGAGCCUCCACAGGCCUCCAGACCAUCCUCAUGCCUGUGGGAAAAGUGGUGCAGUCUAGUUCGAAAGCUGCUCAGAGUGGAGUUUCUCCUUCUACCACUGCACCUUUAGCUCAAGUUAAGACAGAACCUGGAUUGUCCAGCUCCUGCACUACACCCGUAACACCUACAUCUACCCCUUUACCUGCGUUACCUAUCCCCCUGCCCACAGCCACCUCUGCUACUGUUAAAAUGGAACAAGGCACAGAGGUCAAUACACAUGAACUUGUUAAUACGGAACAUAUUGAAACUAUGUUGCAACUUUUGACAGCCGCAGUAAAGAAAUUUCCUUUGAUUGUCCCAGAGAAAACUGAAGAUACCCACCCGUUCUGUGCUACCUCUUUGGAGCAGUACUAUUCCUGGAACAUAGGAAAGCGCAGAGCCGCAGAGCUUCAGAGGGCAGUUGCAGUAAAGCGUCUGGUUCAGGAUAUUUUGGACCGGAACCCACGCCUGCAGGCCCUCAGCCCCCCUAAAACCAGGGAAGUGGUGCAGUGGUGCCGAAUCCGUGGAUACACACCCCCCGAUUCUGAACCUCAACGUGUAGAGGAGGACUCCAUAGAAGACAUUCUCACACAGAUAGACAGUGAGCCAGAGUGUCCCUCUACCCUGACGGAUGUUGACGAGCUGUGUCAGCGUCUUGAGCAGUUGCAGAAGAUUCUGAAGACUGAACCAGAAGAGGAAGACACAGAGCCUGUGGACAUCAUUGCUGUGAAAGAGGUCUGCAGCAGCAGGGUCAAGGUCAAGCAGGAACAGGAAGAGGCAGAGGAGGAGCCAAAAUACUUCCUUGGGUUAUGUCCAUCUUCUCAGUUUAUCAGAGACACAGCAGAGCAGAUUGGUGUGGGUUUCCAGCCGGUUGAAGUGGAGAGAAAUGUCUUUGCUCCAGUAGUGGAAGCCAUGAUUCUCAAGGCUACACAACAGUUUGCCAGUGAGAUACUGCGAGAAUCAUUAGCAAAUGCCUAUGGGAAGUCGCCUCAAAAUAGAGUUCCUAGAGAAAUCUCAGGCAUGAAUGUACACCAGGCUGUCAGCUCGAUACCCACCUGCGAUUUCCUCACUAACAGAUACAUGGGUUUCUUGCUGAAGGAUGACGGCCAUGAAGACUGAAAGUACAACUGGACUGCCAGAACAGUCACAAUAAACUCACAUACACAUGCACGCAUCACUGGUGUACCUUCCAUACUAUCAGCAGUGACGUGUCCAGAAGCUGUUCAUUCAGAUGCACAUGUCACAUUAGAGGUACAAACUGAAGACAUUUGGAUGGAGAUAGCUUGUCGUGUUGAACCCUAUGAUUGUUUAACAUCAGAACAACUGUUAUCUACACAUAGACAUCACUGUCAAAUGAAACGGGGUCAUUUAUUUAGGGUCCGGAACUGUUCAAACCGAGUUUCUGUGUGUUUUAGUAUUUUUUAGUUUUCAUUACUACGAGAGCAUCCCAGUCAGAACUAUAUUCUGGUAACACUAUCACAACUCCUGUACUGCAACUGGUGACUGUUUCUCUGCUUGUCAGGCUUUUUGAUCUGCACAAGCACCUAUUUACAAGGAGAUAAUUAAAAAAAAAAAAAAAACUAAAAGUGCAACUUUGGUAGACUGAGUGAAACCUUACUCGAUAAACACUCCAUGGACCUGCUGUGUAAGCUGUUUGUGUUAGUUACUCUUAACGCAUCUUCAUGUCGGUUUCCUACCCAGUUGGUUUUGGUGUAUUUCCUAGUGAAGACUGCUUAAUAGCUGUACUACUGUUAGUACAGAAUGGUCAUUUCAGUGGUAGCACUGGUAUGUAUUCACUGGUCUUAAUCUGUAGGGGACUGUUAAAGCUACAGCUAACCAGAAAACCCCAGUAAUUAUACAUUACAUGAAUUCUCUACCAUUAACUCUUUCUUUUUCAAGCACUCCAAAGAGAGAUGGGAUUAGAAUCUUGGGGUUGGAAUGGUGGGAAAAUGCUGGCUGAGUGUGUGUUUUCUGUCUCUGUUGUGGUUCAUAGAGUCUUGACCAUCUUUAGACUAAGACAUUGCAGGCUGGGUUUGUGAGCUGAUAAAAUACACAGUGAAAAGACAAUCCCAGUACUUUUGAAAAUGUAUUUUAUAAUUUUGCGGGAAGAUUUGUUCUGUUAUAAAGAUGGCUGGUGCUUGAUGUUGACCUGUGAAACAUGUCAGGUGCUUUUAUUUCACCGUGUACACAACUGUUUCUCACACUUGGUCCUAGUGUAUCUUUGUAAUGUGUGGUUCUGUGUGCUCACACACAUCUUAUUAAACAUUUUAGUUUGUAAGCCAUGUUUAAAUUUAAUCAGCUAAGCCGAAGAUGGAACAAAGCUAAGUUAUGCAGAGAAAAGAUUCUGGGUCCAGAUGGCUCAUGCAUACAGUAGAUGUUGAUUAGUUUGGAAGAGCGCAGUACUUCCAGGAGACAUUUAGCCAAAAGUGUUUAUAAAACUAAUAUGAUGAUAAUUCCAUUCCAGUCUUUAUAGCUUAAACAGCAUUUCAAGCUGUUUGUUAUUAUAAGGAUUAUCUGUUGAACAGCUGAUACAGUUGAGGGCAAAUUUGUAUACCUUUAGUAUAAAAUGAAGAAAAAAGAAUGAAUUGGAAAACUGAAUAUGAUCUUAGUUCAGAAAUUUGCAGCUUUCUUCCUGAAUGUGAUAUUUUGUAAGAAGCUCUGUACCCCCCUGCCUUUACAACUACCUCCAAUCUCUUGUAUCCUCUAACAGGUUUCUGGAUUGUCUCCGUUCUCAUAUUUAACCCACCACUCUUUAUUUCCGUUCUAUCUUUGCCGGUUUAUUGGCCAGUCUUUGCUCAUUAUUCUUGACACAUCUGUUAUAAACUCUACUACAUCAGACACUGCCUUCAGAUCAGGUGUGUGAACACUGUGAGGAUCAUGGCAACAUGUAGACUCUCAUCCUUGGUUCUUUUCAAGUUCUUUUGUUGAUCGUCUUGUUGCAGAAUAUAUUCACAUUUCACUUUUAAAAUUCUUUCGCACUGGACGUUCUCUCGAUUGCUACAUUGUGUUCAAUGUAGAAGUAAUGAACCAGCAAUGCAUCUGCGUCUGUGUGUUUGUAAAUGUAUGACUGUGUGGGUGUCAAGGUUAGUUUGCUCUGUGACAGUUGUACAUUUUUGUUUACGGCCGUUCUAUGUGCACUAACAGACUUAAGUCAUUACAUGUUUAACCAGUCUUAAUGUAUUGUAGACAUACACGACCAAUUAUAUUUUGCCUUGUAAUGUAACUAAAAUAAUGACUUAUUCUUGUAUUAAAAUGGUAGACACCAUAAA